CUGGUUGUUUUGGACAUCCUUUUCCCUCUUCCACUUGGUACCUCGAUCGCGCGCUGUGACCAAACUCCCCACUGCCCCUUUGGACGUGGAUCGCCUUGGGGGUGCAAGUUUGGGGUGCCAAGGACUACUUCGCAGGAAGGCCUGAGACCGCCCCGCCCCCUCCCUUCCCCCCGGCCACCAGAGGCUGGGGAAGUUUACAUCUGGAUUUUCACACAUUGUGAUUGUCACUGCCCAGACUCUGAUUAACCUUGUGGGAGCCAGGUUUUCGAUACUGAAGCCUCCUCCAAUACUAGCACUGCCUGCCCGCGUCUGCCCUUUUCCCUCUCGGCCCCCCGAGGUCCCGCCCUCGCCCCGGCGGCGGAGCGCGAUCUCUAGGGCGCAGUGGAGCCUGGGGCCUGGGGCUUGCGCUGAGCAGCUAUGGCUGCGGCGAUAGCCAGUUCCUUGAUCCGGCAGAAGCGGCAGGCAAGGGAGUCCAACAGCGACCGUGUGUCGGCCUCCAAGCGCCGCUCCAGCCCCAGCAAAGACGGGCGCUCCCUGUGCGAGAGGCACGUCCUCGGGGUGUUCAGCAAGGUGCGCUUCUGCAGCGGCCGCAAGAGGCCCGUGAGGCGGAGACCAGAACCCCAGCUGAAAGGAAUCGUGACAAGGUUAUUCAGCCAGCAGGGAUAUUUCCUGCAGAUGCAUCCAGAUGGUACCAUUGACGGGACCAAGGACGAGAACAGCGACUACACCCUCUUCAAUCUAAUUCCUGUGGGACUGCGUGUGGUGGCCAUCCAAGGGGUGAAAGCUAGCCUCUAUGUGGCCAUGAAUGGUGAAGGCUAUCUCUACAGUUCAGAUGUUUUCACCCCAGAAUGCAAAUUUAAGGAAUCUGUGUUUGAGAACUACUACGUGAUCUAUUCUUCCACACUUUAUCGCCAGCAAGAAUCAGGCCGAGCAUGGUUUCUGGGACUCAAUAAAGAAGGUCAAAUCAUGAAGGGGAACAGAGUGAAGAAAACCAAGCCUUCAUCACAUUUUGUACCAAAACCUAUUGAAGUGUGUAUGUACAGAGAACCAUCACUACAUGAAAUUGGAGAAAAACAAGGGCGUUCAAGGAAAAGUUCUGGAACACCAACCAUGAAUGGAGGCAAAGUCGUGAAUCAAGAUUCAACAUAGCUGAGAACUCUGCCCUUCUUCCCUCUCCUUCCUUUCUUUCCUCUUCCCUUCCUUGCCCCAUUUCCUUCCAAAAUCCACCCAAGAGAGAAAAAUAAAAUGGCAUCGCAGGACCUAGUAGCUAAGAUUCUGCACUCAAAAUCUUCCUUUGUGUAGGACAAGAAAAUUGAACCAAAGCUUGCCUGUUGCAAUGUGGUAGAAAAUUCACGUGCACAAAUAUCACAUUUUAAAAAGCAAUGGAAAAAAAUAAACCAGGACUCCACAAACAUUAAAUUAAGCUGUGUUGUUAUUCAUAGAGGGCUAAUUGUCAUGAAGACAUUACUGUAAAUAAGAUUAAAUAAAAUUUACAUAAAAGAAAAGGAUUUUAAAGAAAUGAACUUGAACUCAGAGAUCAACGUUAGACCUUAAAUCGCUCAAACUCUGGAAAAUGCUGUGAUAAUAUUUGUUUGAUUUUUUUUUGUAUUUUCUUUGGACAUCUGGAAAUAACAUAUGAUUAUAUCCUGUAAACCUGGAAUUUUUUUUUAGCCAUGAAAUCAAACCAUGUAUGAAUUAUACUCUUCUAAUGCCUAUUAGGUAUGUAACCAGGAAUCAUUCAAAAACGUUUUAAAAAAUUACUGUUGAAGAUGUUCAGAUUGGUUUUUGUAAAAGAAUAGUCAAUCACUAAUAGCUGAUUUAAUUCCUUUAUAUAGAGGUAGAUUCUCCUAGGAGAAUAUCCUAUCUUCUCAAGGUAUUAAUUUACAAUAUCAUUUUUUAAAUCAUACAAAAACAAAAAUUCUUGUCUUAAAUGCUAAAGUAACUUCUGGAUAUCCUCCACCAUUGCUAUGUCUCUUUGGUGAGGCCCAAGUUACUUGCUCUUCUGAUUUGUUCUUAGUUUUUUAUUUUGUGGGCACUCUUGAGAGUAUAGGUGCAUGUCUAGCUAUCUUAGAGAGUUUGGUACCAUCUCUUGCAGAAGGAACAAAGAAUGAUUGGCUUUACAUAAGGGAAUAAGUCCAAGGAAAUGGGUAAAAGCAGAUUACAUUUGCUUUUGUACCUAAUAAGAACUGAAAAAUACAGACUAUAUGAGAAACUAGGAGGCAUGGCUGUGAGACUCUUAACUUACUAUCUUUAUGAAGCCAGUGGCUUGUUUGUUGAUAUCUAUCCACGUUCAGUCCAUAUGUAUAAGUUUAGAUGACAGUAAGUCUAUCUUGGAGAAGAUAAAAAGUUAUUAUACACUGAAUUUUCAAGGAGCAUAGAGAAAUGAUAUGUAAUUAACAAUUGUGGUUCCAACAGACAGAAUUGUUUGAGUAGCUUGAAGUAGCAAAAAAGAACUCACUAUAACAGUAAGCAAACACACUGUUAGGAAUACUAACGUAUUAGAAAAUAUCAGCAAAGAAGUGAAUGUUAUACAAUUGCAUUGGAAUAAGUAGAUCUACAUAGCCCUACAAAUCAGGAAUGGUGUAGAGACAUCCAAAUUAAAACAAUAAAACAAAACAGAAUGCUAAAAUUGUAUGCAGAUUUAUGGAUAUUAUUAACGAGAAGACUUAGCAUGUAACUUCUCCUAUAUCUCUACUGUCCAGCAUGUAUUAUUCCAAAUAUGACUCCCUAAAAUAUAUACACUUUGCAGAAGCUCUAGGCCCUCACCUCAAACCAUGCCACCAGUUGCCGUAUUCUUUCAAGGUUGACAUAGUGUCCCUGGCUCUACACAAUCAUUAUUCAAUGUGCUUCUUGUCCCUCACCAAGUAUCCUCUUUUACGUUCUCAGUGGGUAGCAGGAAAUGAACUGGGGGAAUUUGCCUGAGUUGAGAAGAAUAAAUGAUAUACUUGUAGACAAGAAUUUUGAACACAUUUGCAAUGGAUACUUGUUUAAUCAAAAUAUCUGGAAAAUAACAAAUAAAUACAUUUAAUUUUUUUACAAAAAGGAAUGUUGCUCUUUAAGGAAAAGAAUACCCUUGUAAAUACACGAAUCUGGCUGUAUAUUCCUUGUCACUGUUGAUUUCACUUGACUCUAAAUACACUUGUCACUUUCAGGACCAAACAAAUUCCAAGCACAAAGCCUUAUUUUCUUCAAGGAAAAUAAAAGAACAGAACUUUUCAAUAAAAUGGGUCAUGGGCUGUUUUAGCAUGAAAUGACUGGAGCUUUGUGGUAAAGCACAUAUAAUCAACCACAACACAACUGACAGCGUCACAGGUAAAACAAAUAUUGGUGUUCACAAUCACCCAUUUCACUGGCAAUUUCAUGACAAUCUAUAUUUAAUCUGGUUGAUUAUGAAAAAAAGAAAAUGAUACAGAUAUGGAUCUACAAUAAAAUACCUUCUCUAUUUUC